CCGCGUGUCCUUCAGUUAUGCAAACGAUCCCACAGUGUCAUGUACCUCUGCAGUUUGUCCACUUUCUUCCAAAAGUAAUGCAGUACAAUAUCGAUAAUCAAAUCUAAUGUACUGUAAUACAUUGAUUUGUGGAAGCUCCCAUUUACGAUAUAAAAGGACGAGACAAAAGGACGAUACCAUCGACACUUUUAGCAGAUUUGGAUUGCGUUUAAAUGCUGCGUGAGCUAGCUUUUAGGUAACCUAGCGUUUUGCUGAGAUAAAAAAAACUUGUAUGAUAAUUCACCAUAGACUUCUGGGAAUGGGUGAUUGGUUUACUUCAUGUUUUAUAUGCGUAUGAUUCGGCCUGAAUCGAAACAGAUUUCACUCCCAACACUUUGUCUGUGUGUGCAGUAUUUGCACAGUACAGGACCUUAACUCACCAUGCACCCUGACCUGUCACCCCAUCUACACACAGAUGAGUGUAAUGAGCUCAUAAACCGCUUGAAACAGUGUCACUCUGAGCAUAAUUUCCUGAAGUUCUUCGGGACCUGUAAUGACGUCGACCGUGCCAUGCGCCACUGCCUGAAGAAUGAGAGACUGGAAAAACGGGAGCGCAGCAAACAGCAUGCACAAGCCAUGAAAAAGAGGCUGAAAGAAGGACCCAAGGAAAAAUUUUGAAAGAUAUUUUUAUUACAAGCUUGCAUCUGAGUGUCCAGAUAAGAUGCUGAGCUAAGUGUGGAUUGCUGCUUUGGUGGUUAAAAUAAAUGCCUGAAUGUUGAUGACUGUGUGGCAGAACGUCGCACAUAACUUUA